AUCUGGGCACUGAAAAGAAUUCUCUCUCAGCAUAAUGGGGCGCCAUUCUUGCUGUCUAAAGCAGAAACUAAGGAAAGGCCUUUGGUCACCUGAGGAAGAUGAAAAACUCUUCAAUUACAUUACUAGAUUUGGUGUUGGCUGUUGGAGUUCAGUCCCUAAACUUGCUGGUCUGCAGAGAUGUGGAAAGAGCUGUAGGCUGAGAUGGAUUAAUUACUUACGACCUGAUUUGAAAAGAGGAAUGUUCUCUCAACAAGAAGAGGAUCUCAUUAUCAGUUUACACGAAGUCCUUGGUAAUAGAUGGGCUCAAAUUGCAGCUCAAUUACCGGGAAGAACAGAUAAUGAGAUUAAGAAUUUUUGGAAUUCAAGCUUGAAGAAGAAACUAAUGAAGCAAGGAAUUGACCCAAAUACCCACAAGCCUAUAAUCAACAUUCAAGAAAUCAAAGAGAAGAAGAUCUUCCAAGAUAAAGAAUUUCCUCAUAUCCCACCAGUUCAAGGACUCAGCGGCGGCGGAAUCUCCGCCGUAAACAACCAAGGCCCAGCAUUUCUCCUAAGCGGCGCCGAUUACUACGACAGCGGAUUAACUGUCGCACCGGUACGAGACAAUUUCAUGAACAAACAAGCCUUCGUGGAUUCACUCUGUUAUUUCGAAUUCCAAACAGGACUCGAGUCUUGCAACUACAACAACAAUACAAAUUUCGAAACUCAGUACCAGAAUUUCGGGUUUAAUUCGGUGCCGAGUUUAACGAAUUCCGACCAUGGGAGCUUGUCGGGGACAGAAUUUUCAGACAAUUCGGGUUCGAACAUGAGCAACUAUGGAGGAUUCUACAUGAACAACAACAACAACAACAACAACAACAACGGAGUGGAUAAUUCAACAUUUUGUUCGUGGGAAAAUGAGAAUAAUAAAUUGGAAAGCUAUUUCCAAAUUGAUGUGAAUAAUAAUAAUAACAACAAUAAUAAUAAUGGAAUAAAGUCAGAGGAUGAAUUGAAGAGAGUAACAGGAGGAAGUUCUUCAGUGGUUGAUGGGCAGCUAAUUCAGAGUCGAAGCUCACUAGAUUUCAGUAGCUAUCCAUUAAUGUCGUUGUCACAACACAUUUCUGCAGCCAAUUUUGGGGCUUUCCACCAUUUGUGAAAAACUAACAUUUAUUUUUACUCUCUUUCUUUCUUUCUUUCUUUAAAAAAUUACACACAGAUGUCGAUAGCAAUAGGGGAUUUCCACCAAAGAAAAAACAGUUUGAGGUGAAAAUAUUUCUUCUUCUUUUUUUUUUUUCCUUCCCUUUUUUUUCUUUUGUAAUUCUCUUAAUUUUUCUCCCUCUUUCUUUUGUAAUAUUUGUUUUAUGAUGACUUGAAAUAAUGUGAAGAGUGAUUCCUU